CAUUACAGUGUGAUUCUAAAUUGUAGUAAGUAGGAUAUUUGUAUUUGUAUUAUCAAAUGGUCCAAACUCUUCUGAGCACACUUUUCUGAGCUGUUAGUGGUAUGGAAGAACUGAAGAAGCCACUUGGAUGAGUAGCACAAUGACUUCAUUCUAAAGCUUUUGUUUAGUUGACAAAAUUUGAAUUUCUUUUUCUCUGUUAGUUGUAGGCUAUUUCUGUAGUUUAGGCAAAUGUGAAAUAGUCAAAGUACAACUGAGCAAAGCCAACAGCUAACCAAAAAAAAACCCAAACAUAUUUGCAUUAAACAUUACACAAAACAAAUGAGGCUGGCUCUCUCAUGAAAUUGUGCGUGAUAACUAGAUCAACUACUGGACCAUUAAACUUAUGUACUAGUAUAAGUCCAGAUACAGUGCAGCUGUGUAGAUAACUGUGUGUAGGGUCAUUAAUAGAUGUAAUAACUAAAAUGGGGAAGCUGAGGUAAAUGCAGGUGAAACUCAAAAACACAGUCAUAAAGAUGGUGCUCUCUCAGAUCUUCGUCUUCACAGCAGCUGCUUUAGUUGGUAUUUGCUGUCAGACAGUCACAGAUUUAUCUGUUGAAAGGGGUGGUUCCAUCUCCAUUCCAUGCCGUUAUUAUUCAUGGGAAAUCGACAGGAAUAAAUACCUUUGUCUGUGCAGAAAAUAUUCAUGGUUGCCCUGCAUAAAACGUGGCUGAAACAAACCGACCAAGCACAUCAACAAAAUAUUCAAUCUUAGAUGACAAGCUACAACGUGUCUUCAAUGUAACUAUUAGAGACCUGACUGAUGAGGAUGCUUGUUUUUUGUGUGGGGACACUGUCGACUACAACAAAAUUAUCUCUACAUAUCUCUCCAGAAUCAGAUUUAUAUGUGGACGAGCAGAGCAUAACAGCAGUUCUUGGAGGAAGUGUGACUGUUGUGUGUCAUUAUGCAAAGAAAGAUCAGUUCCAUUGGUGCAUGUUUGACGGCCAAUGUAUCUCAACGUCUGGGCAAAUGACAAAUGACAUGGAAGUGAGCAUCAAAGCUAGGGGUGCCAGUGCCAAAGUUACCAUGAAGAAACUGAAGCAAGAACACAGCGGAUGGUACUUCUGCCAAAAUGGUGGUUUUCAGAUGCCAGUAAACCUCACUGUAAUGAGAGAAGUAACAACUACUGCACCCACCACAAUGCCAUUUGUUACAAGUGUGACACAAUUAAGUACAAGUGAACCAUCUACAGUGAUUUGCACAAAUACAACAACUGGAGGUCAACCUGUAAAUUCUAGCAGCAUCAUGACAACAGAAGUCAACCUUCACCCAAUCCAUACCAAAAGCCAGUCUACAGUGAUUGUGAUCGCCUGUGUAGCAGUAUUCGUUCUGUUGCUUUUUGUCAUUGCUGUUUUUGCUGCUUUGAAAAUGGCAGUAUGCCGCAAGAGAAUUCCCACAGAGUCUCGCACUGCAGAGGGUCCACACACUGUAUCAAACCAAAGUGUGAUCUACAGUAACAUCUUUCUCAAUCAGGAGCCUUCAGACAAUAAAAAGGGCCCACAUACUGUAACGGACGAAGAUGUGAUCUACAGCACGGUCUCAGACUAUAAUAAGAGCUCACAGACUGUAACGGACCAAGAUGUGAUCUACAGUAACAUCUUUGUCACUCAGAAGACUUCAGACAAUAAUAAGAGCUCACAGACUGUAACGGACCAAGAUGUGAUCUACAGUAACAUCUUUGUCACUCAGAAGACUUCAGACAAUAAUAAGAGCUCACAGACUGUAACGGACCAAGAUGUGAUCUACAGUAACAUCUUUGUCACUCAGAAGACUUCAGACAAUAAUAAGGAUGGACUGAGUGAGGCGAGUGUGAUAUACGCCACUGUUGUAAAGCACAACAAAUCUCAACAAAUGGCAAGACAAGCAGAAGAAAGUGUGAUCUACAGCACAGUCUCCAAAUAGUAAAGUUCUGGUUUCCUUAAUGGGAGGGGAAGUGACUGCAAAAGAGGCUGAAACUCUGUCAUUUAAAAGAGCAAUGUUUAACUUUUCUGGAC